UUGGUCCUCCCAUCUUAGUCCUCCCACUUUGGUCCUCCCACAUGGUCCUCCCACCCUGAUCCACUUUGGUCCUCCCAUCUUGAUCCUCCACUCCUUGGUCCUCCCAGCUCUCACCGCCGCCGCCAUGGCCGCUAAGAAGUCGGGGACGCGGCUGGAGAUGGAGAUCGAGCGCUGCCGGAACGAGUGUCUGUGGGAUAAGAUCCCCGAGCUGGUGAAGCAACUGUCGGCCAAGCUCAUCGGCAACGAUGACUUGGCAGAGCUGCUACUUGGCGAGUCAAAGCUGGAGCACUAUGUGAAGGACAACCCACUCAAACCAGGGGCAAGUCCCCCCGAGGUCAGGUCCAAGCUGAUCGAGGUGAAGAAGCACCUGACAGCUGCCCUGGACAGAGGCAACCUGAAGCAAGAGUUCACACAGGAAGCCAACAUGGUUUUGGCCAAGUGUUACUACGUGGAGGGGGACCACACGCGGGCUCUCGCCCUCUACGACAAGAUCACUCUGGACAAGAUGCAGCUGGUGGCAGUCCCAGUCUACAGACUCCGAAUCAUUGCUGAAUCCUACGCCACAAAAGGCCUGUGUCUGGAGAAGCUGUUAACCUCGGGAUCAUCACAAAAUGUGCUUCAGCUCGAUCCUGAACAAGAAAUAAUUACAUGUUACGAGAAAGCUGGUGACAUAGGCCUGCUUUAUUUACAAGAAAUCGAAAAGGUAUUGAACACCAACAUUCAGAACAGAAGUCCGAAGCCUGGUUCAGCGUUCCAAGAACAAGAAUUGGGAUUCUUCCUUGAAACGGGACUUCAGCGAGCACACGUCAUUUAUUUCAAAAAUGGAAACCUGACCAGGGGAGUUACUCGCUUUCGGGAAAUCUUGAGAGCCGUGGAAACGAGGACCACGCAGAAUUUGCGAAUGACCAUUGCCAGGCAGUUGGCUGAAAUACUCUUGCGAGGGAUGUGUGAGGAGAGUUACUGGAAUCCUCUGCAAGAUCCUCCCCAGCGUUCCAUCCUGGACGAAUCCUUCCACCCCGGCGGCUACACCAAGAACUACGCGCUCAGCCGGAGACCCAAAGUGUACGCAGGAGACAGCAUCUUCUGUCCUCAAGAAAACACAGAAGAAGCUCUGUUGCUGUUGCUCAUUAGUGAGUCUAUGGCUAACAGGGAUGCAGUGCUGAGCCGGAUUCCAGAACACAGCAACGAUCGUGUCAUCAGUUUGCAGAGUGCCUCCAUUGUGUACGAUCUGCUGACCAUAGCACUGGGGAGACGGGGACAGUACGAAAUGCUGUCAGAGUGCUUGGAGCGAGCUAUGAAGUUUACAUUUGAGGAGUUCCACCUUUGGUACCAAUUUGCAUUGUCUCUGAUGGCUGCUGGCAAGAAUGCGCGUGCAGUGCGGGUACUGAGGGAAUGCAUUAGGCUCAAGCCAGACGACCCCACUAUCCCGCUCCUUGCUACCAAGCUGUGCAUCGGAUCGCUUCACUGGUUGGGAGAGGCCGAGCAGUUUGCCAAAAUGGUGACAGCGAUCAACGACAAGCCGGAGUUUCGCGCCAAAGGCUUCUUAGCCCUCGGCGUAACGCACAGCCUGCAGGCCACUGAUGCAACUUUGAAAGGAAUGCAGGAGGAUCUUCAGAAAAAAGCUCUGCGAGCAUUACAGAGAGCACACGGGAUGUCUCCAACCGAUCACCUGCCCUCCUUCUACCUGGCUCUGCAACUCGCCAUCUCAAGGCAGAUCCCGGAGGCGUUGGGAUACGUGCGGCAGGCACUGCAGCUACAGGGCGACGACGUCAACUCGCUGCAUCUCCUGGCCCUGCUCCUCUCCGCCCAGAAGCACUACCACGAUGCCAUCAACAUCAUCGACAUGGCUCUGAGUGAAUAUCCUGAGCACUUCACAUUGCUGUUCACCAAAGUGAAGCUGGAAUCGGUGUGCAGGGGCCCUGACGAAGCCUUGGUCACCUGCAAACACAUGCUGCAGAUUUGGAAAUCAUGCUACAAGCUCACCAACCCCAGUGACUCCGGGAGAGGGAGUAGUCUGCUGGACAGAGUCAUUGCGGACAGGCGGAACCUGAACACCAUCACACUGCCUGACUUCAGCGAUCCCGAGACAGGCUCCAUACACGCCACGUCGAUCGCGGCCUCCAGAGUGGAGCAGGCGCUGUCGGAGGUGGCUUCAUCUCUGCAGAGCAGCAUGCCCAAGCCGGGGCCCAUGCACCCCUGGAUGACCCUGGCCCAGAUCUGGCUGCACGCAGCUGAAGUGUACGUUGGAGUGGCGAAGCCUGCGGAAGCCACGGCCUGCAUCCAGGAGGCAGCCAACCUGUUCCCCACAUCGCACAACGUGCUCUUCAUGCGCGGCCAAGUGGCGGAGCUGAGAGGGUGCAUCGACGAAGCCAAGCGGUGUUACGAAGAGGCCCUCUCCAUCAACCCCACUCACGUCAAGACCAUGCAGAGACUGGGCCUGGUGCUGCAGCAGUUGGGCCGCUACAGCCUGGCGGAGAAGGUGCUGCGCGACGCGGUGCAGGUCAGCUCGACGGCCCACGAGGUGUGGAACAGCCUGGGCGAGGUGCUGCAGGCCCAGGGCACCGGCGAGGCGGCCACAGAGUGCUUCCUCACCGCCCUGGAACUGGAGGCCAGCAGCCCCAUCCUGCCCUUCACCGUGCUGCCCCGGGUGCUGUGAGGGUGCCCAGCCCAGCCCCCCACCCUUGGGUCCUGCUCCACCUCACCUAUGGGUGCUGUGCUGUGUGCUGCCUGUCCCACUGCCAGCUGAGGCAGACUGUGGCUCCUCUCAAUCCCAUCUCCUCUUCCCCCCCCACUCCCCUCCC